AUGGAGCACCCAGUGUGCAGCAAUUUCACAACGGAGCACCCAGUGUGCAGCAAUUUCACAAAUGAGCACCCAGUGUGCAGCAAUUUCACAACGGAGCACCCAGUGUGCAGCAAUUUCACAACGGAGCACCCAGUGUGCAGCAAUUUCACAACAGAGCACCCAGUGUGCAGCAAUUUCACAACGGAGCACCCAGUGUGCAGCAAUUUCACAAUGGAGCACCCAGUGUGCAGCAAUUUCACAACCGUGGUGGAGCACCUAGUGUGCAGCAAUUUCACAACGGAGCACCCAGUGUGCAGCAAUUUCACAAAUGAGCACCCAGUGUGCAGCAAUUUCACAACCGUGGUGGAGCACCCAGUGUGCAGCAAUUUCACAACGGAGCACCCAGUGUGCAGCAAUUUCACAACGGAGCACCCAGUGUGCAGCAAUUUCACAACGGAGCACCUAGUGUGCAGCAAUUUCACAGCGGAGCACCCAGUGUGCAGCAAUUUCACAACGGAGCACCCAGUGUGCAGCAAUUUCACAGCGGAGCACCCAGUGUGCAGCAAUUUCACAACGGAGCACCCAGUGUGCAGCAAUUUCACAACGGAGCACCCAGUGUGCAACAAUUUCACAAAUGAGCACCCAGUGUGCAGCAAUUUCACAACGAAGCACCCAGUGUGCAGCAAUUUCACAACGGAGCACCCAGUGUGCAGCAAUUUCACAACGGAGCACCCAGUGUGCAGCAAUUUCACAACGGAGCACCCAGUGUGCAGCAAUUUCACAAAUGAGCACCCAGUGUGCAGAGAAGACUGUGAGACCAUCACUCUGACAGAGCCAACGGGGACAUUAUCCUCCCCGAAUUAUCCAAAUAACUAUCCACCAAAAGUAGACUGCACUGUUAAUAUUGUGCUACCAAACCCAAAUGCGAUUAUUCUAGUGGAAUUCGAGGAUUUUUAUCUCGAGAAACCUGAUGAUGGAAUCUGUUUUGAUAAACUAGAGAUAACCGAUAACAUGUUCAGUGAAAACAAUACUGUGCCAUACUGUGGAGUUUUGGAUGAUUUUAUUUACACGUCACAGAGUAAUAAUAUCAGUCUUACUUUGCAUACUGACAGUCACGUCGAGCAAAAGGGUUACUCAGCCACCUAUAGGUCAGAAGCUCCUCCAGUGUUUGAGAAUUGUCCCGAGGAUAUAACGCUGAAUGGUACAAGUUUCAAUACCACUGUUUUAUGGAUUCCGCCGACUGCGAUUGCUUACAUAAGCGGCGAUGAUGUGAAUGUUACGUCAUCCCAUACGCCAGGCGACUCAUUUCCUCUUGGUAACACUACGGUGGUAUACAGUGCCACAGUAGCGGACGGGAGUACGGCAAAGUGCACGUUUGUUGUCUCAGUACAAGCAUAUUUGAUGUUUGUUAAUUGUCCUGAUGACAUAACACUGAAUAGUUCAAGCUCGGGUACCAUUGUUUCUUGGACUCCGCCCACUGCCUAUGCCUCUAUAGAAGGUGGCGUGACAUCGUCACAUAAUCCAGGUGACACAUUUCCUGUUGGUAACACUACUGUGAUAUACGAAGCCACAGAUGUAGACGGGAAUACUGCAAGGUGCACGUUUGUUGUAUCAAUAGAAGGAAAUGAAGUUGAAGUUACAUCUACACCCAAGAUCAGUGACACUGGUCAAUCACGGAGCGGUCAAGGUGGCUUACCAUGGUAUUAUGUAUUUUAUGCCGUGGUUGGAAUGGUUUUACUGAUAUCGGCAGCAGCGCUGGCAAUAUUCUUUUCAUGUGGGAGGAAGGAGAAGCAAUCAGAGAAAAUAAAAUUGGUUAAGAAGUAUAAAUCAAGAGAUAUUGAUGAAGACAUUGGAAAGUCAGAAAUUCCAAACCCUCCAUAAAUUAUUCAUGUGACACCAUAGACCCAGACAUUUUGAGCUUAUUCUAUGAUAUUUAAUAUUUUUGGUCAUCUAUUCACGCCCUGAAGUUAUAAUGAGAUCGCAAAACUUAUCCAGGGGUUGUGCCAGAUAGUUGAUGCUGGAAGAAUUGUUUUCUAACACAUGGUCUAGAUGCACAAUAUGUUUAAAUAUAUAUAACGGUUGUAAACUCUUAUUUUUAAUGUACUAUGGGCAUUGUUAAAUGCACAAAUAUGUCUGACAAAUAGAUAUUCAAGGUUUCGAACCUGCCCAGGCAUCAUACAAUAUAUUAUAUUAAAUUUAAUUUAGCGUGUUAAGUAUAUUAUGUUACAUUAAAUUUAGGUGCAAAGUGUUAACUUGG